CUGGUGUCACACAAAAAUAUUCCCUUGCACGUUAUAAACUACUGAAGGAAAAUGCUUGGUAAAAAACAAUAGGCAUUUUUUUUCGUUGCAUAUUUAUAUUCGAAUAAAUAAUCUCGAUGUCCGACAUAGGCAGUGAAUGGCAGGUGCAACGCCGACGAAAGGGCGCAUCCAGAAAUUUCAAGUCAUUACAAAUGUCGCCAGCAUUGUGCAAUGAGCCACUAGAUGUUGGGAAAACUCUUAAAAGGAUCAAAGAAAUAGUGGAUGAAAUGAGAUGUGAAGGGUUUUGGAAAGAAUGGAAAGAGCAGAUGCUGGCGGCAGUAUCAUUGAACCAAAAAGACACUGAGUCCUCUUCAGGCCAACUGCAUGAGAGCUUGGAUGCCAAAAUAAGCUCACUUGAGUGUGUAUGUUAUGGCCUGGGCACCUUUUCCUCAUGCGUGUCUGCUCGUUAUCAGCUUGCUAUAAUGCUCCUUCUCCUGGAUGCAGCAAAGAUUCCAUUGAAACAAUGUCUAGUUUUUGAUCCUGCUUUUUCCUCUGGAGAAAAAGAUGUACUCCGGGAGUUGGGUCUGACUGUACUCACAGAAAAUGAGGAGGGGAAGCGAUUGGCAACCAAACCCACGCUCUUUUAUCUCAUGCAUUGUGGGAAAGCCCUGUACAACAAUCUCCUGUGGAAGAACUGGAGUCCAAACUGUCUGCCACUUGUAGUAAUAAUAGGAAACAGCUUCAAUGGCAUUAGAGAGAGGAUGGUCGAAAGAGAGUUCAAGCGGGACUACAGCUACAUCAACCAGGCAGUGACUAUAUGUGAGGAGAGACAACUGACCUGUCCAUCUCAUCUGACUGACGUAUUUUGUGACACUGCACUCAUAACCUUUAAUUCUAGCAAAGUAAACACUCUCAAUCAGUCUACCUGGACAGAGCCACCUGAACCACAAUAUCAGCACUGCCCUGAUUUGGAAAUAAUACUAAGAGAAUCUCAGAAUGGAGAAAGCACAUGAACUAUGGGAUUCACUUACACUGAUCAACAUUGUCCCAAAAGGACAGAAAUGAUGUGGCCGCCGUUCACCGGAAGGACUUUACAGCCAACACCAUGUCCAGCUGACCACCUUAAUGAUUGGAAUAAAAACCUCAACCUGUGUUCUGGACUUCAUCCCAACCCCACAAAGGCCCACAUUUGACAAAAAUCACAUUUUCCAAUCCGCUUCUCCUCACAAUGGCCGUGGACGUGCUUUAGCCUAUCCCAGCCGUCUUCGGGCAGUAGGCAGGGUACACCCUGAACUGAUUGCUAUCCAAUCUCAGGGCACACACAUACAACCAACCAUUCGCGUUCACAAUCACACCUAGGGACAAUUUAGAGUUCCAUUAACCUGCCAUGCAUGUUUUUGGAAUGUGGGAGGAAACCGAAAUACCCGGAAAAAACCCACGCGCGCACACGGAGAACAUGCAAACACCACAUUGGAAGGUCGGAGAAUCGAACCCUGCCUCUCUGUACUGUGAGGUGGACGUGCUAACUAGUCGACCGCCCCAACCCCAAAUGUUAUUUAAAAACAUUUGUCAGAUGUAGAGCAAUAUUUACUUUUAUGCAUUAAAGCUAUCACUGAGGUGAAGUGGGCAACAACUGUAUGGGACUGACUUCAGUACUUGUGACAGCACCUUGGUAAAAGAACUGGCUGAAAACCAGAGCACCUGGAGCAACCCAUGCAGUUAUUGGGAGAAUAUGCAUACUUCACACAAAGGCCGAUCGAGUUGAAGAAGGCUGUUAUGCUAAAUAUGAGCAAAUAAAACAAAAGACUUGAAAGUAUUCGCAGUUGUUUCAUUUGAAUCCAUCUUGGCACACGUUGGUAUUUCUGGAAUUGUACAAAUAGGUGUGGUUUAAUCUGUAUACCUGUUUUAUUUGUUUGACAGGAGUUGGACACAGUGGGUGUUGGCACCUGUAAUUUCAGCUAACGUUUGAUCACAAAUCUUUGCUCUAAAAUUUGGACUCGAGUAUUUGUUUAAUUUAAAAAAGAACUUAAAAGGGACUGGAAGUUGUUGAUCUCUCAAACAUCACAGUCACUGUUUUGACACUCCAUUUAGUUUUGAGGAAAGUGGUUAUUUCAUAAACGUGACAAAUACAAUCCAACAAGAAUUUUAAAACAUGUACCGGUACAUAUAUUUAAAAAAAAACAAAAACAAAUGUAUACUUAAUUAAAUCCACCCAUCCAUCCUAUUUUUCCAGCCAAUAGCAGGAUACACAGUGGACAAAUACCCAGUCACACUCGCAUUCUCAUAUACUGGCAAUUUAGAAUCAUCAAUUAAUGUGUAUGUUUUGGUGAUGUUGCAGGAAGCUGCAGUACCCAGAGAAAGCCUUUCAAGUAUGGGAUAACAUGCAAAUUCCACCAAGGAAGGCCUUGGCUGAGAUUUGAAUCCCAAAGUUCAUAAGAGCAACUGUCCAUCUUCAAACUGUUCACCUGAGCAA